CGCUCAUCUACAUCUCUUCUCCAUCCAUCCAAAUUUCUUCUGCAUCAAAAAUGAAUACCGGACCAGGACUCUUCUCCGACAUCGGCAAGAAAGCCAAAGAUCUAUUGACGAGAGACUACCUGACGGAUCAGAAAAUUUCUGUUUCAACGAGCAGUGUAACCGGAGUUGCAAUAACGUCAUCUGCAACAAAGAAGGGUGGUCUGUCAACCGGGGAUGUGGGAGCAGUGUACAAAUACAACAAUAUAUUGGUCGAUGUGAAAGUUGACACAGAAUCAAAGAUUGCUACAACAUUGACUUUCACAGAGCUUGUGCCCUCAACAAAGACCAUUGCAUCAUUCAAAGUGCCUGAUUUCAACUCCGCCAAGGUUGAGGUUCAAUAUUUUCAUUGCCAUGCUACUUUAGCAUCAGCAGUUGCUUUGAGCCAAACCCCAACGAUCGACGUUUCAGCUACAAUUGGUACUCCGAAGUUUGUUAUUGGCGCAGAAGCAGGUUAUGAGACGUCUUCUGGGAGAUUGACCAAGUACACUGCUGGUAUAAGUAUGAACAAACCAGAAUCUAGUGCUUCCAUAAUCUUGGGUGACAAAGGGGACACGUUACGGGCAUCAUACAUACACCAUCUGGAUCAAUCCAAAAAAACUGCUGCAGUCGGCGAGAUUAUCAGAAGGUUCUCGUUAAACGAUAACACCUUCACAAUUGGAGGAUCUUAUGCCGUUGAUCAUCUCACAGUGGUCAAAGCUAAACUCAACAAUCAGGGAAAGCUGGGUGCACUCUUGCAGCACGAGAUCAUUCCCAAAUCACUCGUGACUCUGUCUAGCGAGCUGGACACGAAAGCGUUGGACAAAACUCCCAAAUUUGGUUUGGCUCUUGCACUCAAACCUUGAUCAGAACCAUUUUAAGAGUGAGUUGAUAUAUAUUUUUUGUUGAAUCAAAUUGAAGUGUGACUUUUUUAACUUGUAAUUUUUGUCCCUAGAUUAGCCAUUCGAAGGGGAGCAUUCAAUCAAUAAGCAUUCGUUGCAUUUAUAUACAUUUUC